GUACUGCAAAGGGACAUCGAAGCGCACGGCCGCAUCGUCAGCUCCGUGGUUAAAUUGAGCGAAAGAAUAUCCGGCCAACAAAAGGAGGAGGAACCUCCGUCUCAGGCAGUUCGAGUGGCCAGGUCCCUCGAAAGGCGCUGGCAUCUCCUAUUCCUGCGCGGCUUGGAAUGGCAGUGUCACAUCGAGACCCUCGCGUCACGCAAGUCCUCCAAGAGCCUAGGGUCUAGUCGGUACAGCAGCGACAGCGAGGAAGAGCCAGUCACGAAACAGCCUCGACUCAGUCGCAGGAAAUCACGGGAGCAUGGCAGAAGUUCCUCCGACCAAUCUGGUCAUUCUAUGCGGACAACUCGCCCGAAACGGCCCAGAGCUUCCAGACGACAGGAUUACGAUUCAGCCAGCUCGAGAGAUGAUCACUUCGACAGCGACGUGUCGAACGACAACAGGUUCAGCGACGAUGGAUUGUAUUUCGAGGAUGAGCUGUCUCAGUUUUCUGUGAUGGAUACGAGCGCUCCCGAGGAUUCGAGGAAAACUGAAAAAGUCAGCGGUGGUUGCUCAACCGAAGGGCGGGGUCAGGAGGAAACGGGCGACGUGGUGGACGGUGCAACGAACGACGAGAAACGCCGCGAAAUGCCGCCACUGCCGGUUAUCGUGCCCAUCGCGACCUCGACUUUGCUGGACUGCGUCCACGACGAGAUCAACUCAGGACGACCCAUCGAAAUUAGCAUCUCCAAUGGGUUUUCCGCCAAGGGCGAUCAGAACCCGAAACGCCGUCGCAUCGAUAAGGACGCCGCAUCCUUCAACAUGUCCGACAGGAAGUCAAAGAACUGUGCGACCUUCUACUUCAAGCACUUGGACACCGAUUCCGAGGCGGACUGUUGUCUGGUGACCGAGGAAUUUCGCAACGGUGCCGACGACUCGUCCGAAGAGGAGUGGUCCUACAGGACGGCGCGAUCCACGGACAAGAUGGCAGCUCGUGAAGAGGUCAAAACCGCCGAAGAUGUGGCGAACGAUGGCGACUCGAAGGCAGAAAGGUCCGCGCGAAUUAGAUUCGCGUCGAUCCAAGCUGGUGAGGGCGAGGACGGGUCGAAGGGCGAGGUUCUUCCGAAGGAGUCGACGAGGCGCGUCUACGAGGAAGAGAACGAGCAGGAGCGUUGCGAGGUCGAGAGCGAGGACGAGUCGAAGAACGACAAGAUGAGCAUACAGAAGCUCAUCCGAGAGGUUGAGAAGCUCGUUAGGGAAGAGGGUACUGCAGGAAUGUCAAGAACUUUCCCACCUCUGGUCUUCGAAGAGAAAGGACUGGCCAGUAAUAACCGCGCUAAGUACAUCCGUAUAAAGGAAUGGCUCAAGCUCAAUGCGACAAGGCCCCAUGAGGGGAGGUCCGUGACCGAGAACUGGCGUCAGACCAUGGACAGCUGCGAUGCGAGCGGAGAGUACACUACGGGUGAAUCGGACGUGGACAAGCAAUCGGUGUCUUCGGAGGAUCUGCACAGCAGUGUGGUGACGUAUCGUCGAUUGGAUGGCACCUUAGGAUGCACCUCGCAGUCGAUUUCCCAGGAAGUGAUCGACGAUGCCGACAAGACGCCCAUCGAAGACGGGCAUCAGCCGCUUCUAGAGACCAGUACUCCGAAAGUAAUGAUGCGCUCGAACCGAAAGUGGAAUGGUCCCAGACCAUGGAGCGUAUCGUGUAUUUCCCAGCUAGCUAACCAUUCCAAUUUGGCUGAGACCAACGAUCCGAUUUCGCAGUUUUCCAUCUCCGAGAGCGCACUUCAUCAGCUGGUUGCGACACUUCCCACCAAGUCCGUGUCCCUUGAUGCAACAGGGUCUUGCUUGCCGUUUGACAACUCCUCGUCAACGUUGCUCGAGGAGGCUGCAGUCGGUCGUGACGGCAGUAUACUCAAGAGUAGUUCCGUCCGCAGGAAGAAGAGUAAAUCGCGCAAGAAGAACCUGAAUCGCAAGAGCGAGUCCAGCUCGGAAGGUGCAAACGCGAAUCCCCAUUCCGCCGGAAGUGACGGGUGCUCGAACCACCAACGCUCCUCGCGCAAAAACAAUACGAGCCGAGCUGCCCACGCGAAUCCGAUGGAGUGCCACAGUCAUUUAACCACUCUUGUCAAGUCUGGCUCAUUCUCGGGCUGCACGGCCCGCCAGCAACUCUUCAUGGAAAAAAGCACCGUAGGUGGGAGCGCGCCGUUCUCUCGUUCCUCUCGCUGCAAAUGGGACGCCUCUACCUCCGAGGAAGAGCGUGUCGAUUCCGCGGAUUAUCCUGCCUACCAAAACAAUCCUUUGUUGGAGGGACAAUCGAACGCGGACAGCGACGUGGAGAAGAACAGCCUUGGGAACAAUUCGUUCUCGGAACAAGCGUGGGAUAAUUACCAGGAGAAGUACAUGAGUGAGCCGUAUAGCGAAGUACCUGAUCUCGAAGCAGCUAGUAAGUUGCUGGAUUUCGGAGACGACUACAGAAACUUUCUGGACAGUCAGUCGGAUUGCGCGUCCAGCAUGAGCGCUGUUCAUGGUAAUUCACCGCCGAUGCCUAGACGUCGUAUUCAUCAUAUUUUAACUGAAUCGACCGAAGACAGUGACAGUGACAGCGACGCCGAUUACAUUUGUAAUUUGCUAGAGAAGUCUCAUUCCCAGCUCUUGAUGUCAGAAAAUAUCAUCCUAAGGGCAAAUGGAGCACCGCCUUCGGGUAAUUGGAUCGAGGUGGAGUCUGCGUGCAAAGAGAAUAUCAGGUGUUUGAAUGCAGUUUUGGCAGCUACAGAUCACGCUUUCCCACUUGGAAAAAAUGUGAAGCAAAUUCAUGAGCUCAUUAAAAAAUGGGAAACGUUAUCUACUCGAACGGAGGAAGUGCGGCUGGCAAACGAUCUUCAUCGAGACAUGGCUAAAAUGUGCCUCGAGUUACGAGCAGUACAUGACAGACUUGUUUCUUACGAAAUCGUUCUGGAACAACAGCACCUUCUAGAUGAGCGCAUUCAUCAGGUUACGAACGAACUGACCACCUUGAGGGAUCGUAAGACGGCUAUGCUCGCGUUGAACGUAUCGGCGCAUCGGUUGAUUGUGGACUCCACCGUAUCCGAGUCAGCAACAGUUUCCACUCUAAAGGAUGAUGUAGCUGACUUGUAUCGUAUUUGGGACGAAGUCUUCCAAAAGGGCAACCAGCAACUCAUGACGUUACAAGCCGUUCAGCAGUUCAGCGUGAAGUUCAACGAACUGCAGUGCGCUUUGCAAAGGGAUAAGGACACCCUUUCCGUGUUGAACGUCGCGCUUCAAUCCGGCGUCACUUCAGACGUCGCCUCUUCCGUGCGCGAAGUGGCUCGUCUGCUUUCGGAGAAGCAAGAUGCUUCUUGCAAGAACGGCACCGGCCCGGGUAGCGUCGCAACGGAGGGAACCAACAUGGUCGUCCUGGCGAACACCGGCGCGCUAAUAGUGACGGGCACGCUCGCGCACGAGGGCGGCUCCCUUUCCGACAGCGGGAUCUCCGACAGCGGAAGUGAGCAAGAAUUGAGCGAGCGAGAGAGGCGUCUGGCGGCUCUUCGCGGACUGAUUCGCGUUUUGGAGGCCCAGCUGACCCCGGGCAGCGUCGCCCUGGUCGACCUCUCCAAGAGGGUCGAGGACGUGGAGGCGGAGCUCCGCAACCUGCAGAAGCAGUGUCGGCAUCUGAUCGUGCAGACGGCCGUCACCGCCGAGGCACGCUCCAAGGGUCAAUCUCUUGGCCAGCUCGAAGCAGAUCUCACCCAGAACAUCAAGAAGGAGUCCAAUCGCCCGAAGAGGAACGCAUCAAAAUCGGAGCACCCGAUCCGGGGACGACCACCUGGUGGCUUGGCCGAUGAUGACCCAGAAGACGACCCCGGUGAACCAACCAGCUGGAUUUGGCGAGUCCUUCGAUCGGCCCUGCCAUUCCAACUGGCUCUUGUUGCCCUCUUCUGUGCAGCCUACCUUUUGGAGCCACACUGCUGCGAGGCCUCGAACACCUUAAAUCUCUACCUGACUCCCCAGCUGAGAUACGUUCGAGGACCACCUCCGGUAUGAAGGAGACCAAAUGCCGAACGAAAGAUGACUCGCCAGUCAUUGGUAGUUGUAAGACUCUGCCGACAAAUUGGGGAAAUGGGACGGAGACAUCCGGAUCCACCUUGGUCGGGUUUGGCCUUUUGGUUAGUUGGAUCAGUCAUUCUGCAGCAGGCUGGUAGAUCUCGCUGGGGGAAGUGGCUGGACUUGGUGGUUUUUCGAAAAGGAGCUCGAAAUGCGAGGCACUGGGUUCCUCUUGUAGGUAUCGUAUGUGAUUCUUAUGUUUUGUCAAAGAUAUCUACAAGUUUGGACUCGUGUCUCUGUGUCAAGUUUGUGCGACGAAGUCUCUUCCAGUCUUCUGGAAGUACCAAUUGAUGUUUGGUACAAGGCGAGUCGUCGCUGGCCUGUGUGCAGAAGUUUGGAUACGGUCCUGAUAAUGGCGGCACCCUGGAGUGCGAUAAUGUCUAGUGGUCGUCACUCGUGGUUGUUCCUGCUGGAGUCACACGGUCUGGCUCGGAAUGAUCGGGAAUGUUUAUCAGUGGAUUUAUUCUCUGAUAGUACACUGUUUGCUAAACAGCUGGGGAGGCGUUUGGGAGGAGAUUCGGGUUCAGUCGCUGAACUGAUGUAGGCGAAGUUGUCCAAUUGUCUGUUGGACAAAUAUGGCAACCAUUAACGACUGUCUUGUAUACCAAGACUUCUGGUGUACUCGGUACACUUGUAUGUAAAACACGGGUUUACAUUUUCGUAGGUCAUCCGAUGAUGACGAGUGGUAGGCGCUUUUAACAUCGCUGUAAUUGCGUUUUGCAGUCAAUUAUCAUUGAAGGCGUCAUGCGGGAAAUGAAAUUUCACACUCCAGGAUGGGACUUUUUAUACGACUUUACAAGGGGAUUUGCAUUGUAGGAAAAGGGAGUGCUACUUCUUAUCGGCACCGGGUUUUGAUAAUGGCAGUUCUUAAUGAAUUAAUGGUUCGGUGUUUUCAAUUUGUGAAUUUCAUGAUAUCAUGAUUAUCAUUCUUUACAUCUCGUACAAGAUGUGACUUGACUCGAUUGAUCCGAGAUCUACUUCGGCUGCCAUAUGUUGUACUAUAAAUGAGAAUUUAAAUGUAAUCAACUCGUUUCAGGUGAUUUUAUUCGAGUAUCUGAAUAUUUAAUCUCUUUUGUCUCUUUUUCAAGGGUACGUUGAGAUUUGGUUUAAAGUGUUGAAGGUCCGUAACAUCAAAAGCUUUGCAUCGACGUUACUAUAGCAAUUUUCUUGUAGACUGUUAAACUGAUCUCUGUUUUAUUUAUUUUUAUUUAUGCUCUCCUAGAGACUCUUCUACCGCUUACCUAUCAAUAGUAUACAGGGUAAUAUCACCGGAACACUAGCCGAAAAUGGUCGUUCUUUUGGAUUUUUUCCUACCCGUGUUGUCACAAUCUCAAACGGGAAUUACGUAACAAUGCAAGACGUAACAGAUUCUUACGAGGUCUUUUUAUUUUUUUCAAUCUUAAGAAAUAUUCUGAUGACUUUUUUUCUCAAUCUUAAGAACUCCAUAUGUUUACGAGGAAACGUGGCAAGGAACAUCCCUUGUGGAGAGAGAAAAACAUGGAAUGAUUUGUCAAUGUUCACACAUUAAUUUAUUAAUUUUUAUUCGCAGUAUACUUUUUAAAUGUUAUAUAUCCUCUUGAAGCAUCUUGUACGAGACUAAGACCGAUUAGAUUAGACCUAUGCAGACAAGAUCCGACUGAAAUGAACAUAUUACUUCUUACAGUCUUAGCUGUAUUUUGCUCAUAUUAGAUCUAAUCAGAUUAGGCCGUAUCAGAUACGGCAAUAUGUAGGCACGUCUAUAAGAAAUGUAUUUCAGUUGAAUCUAGUCUGGCGUGGUCUGAUCCGCUGUACUGUAACCAUAAUUUCAAUGUUUAUGUCCUGUAAAAUGCAUUUGCAUUCAGAGCGUAAUCAUUAUUAAGGGGAUCUUCUAGUCUAGAGGACCGUAUUUCAGUUUCUCUAUAAAAUUAAGUUAACAAGAAGUUAUAUAGUUCUUUUACCAUGAAUUUUAUGAACAAAUAUUUCUUGGUGUUUUGAUAUAUUUUAAAAAUGUUCUCAUCUGUAAAUACGGACAGUGAUUGGAGGUACAGGUAAUCGAAUAGACCGCGAUCAAAGAGACGUUUUCUUCCGGCGUAUAUCAGGUAGUAGAUUUAUAUUAAAAAGGAAUAUAGAAAAAGUCACAAAAUGGCGGGACUUUGAAAUUUGAUUUUGGAUUAUUCGACCUUUGUGAUCUUAAAUGGCUGGAAAAUUUUCUAAACAAAAUAUUUCGACUUAAUUCUGUUGCCUCCUAGAAGUGCAUGUUUUCCGAAGGUGUACGAAAAAGUUGGACCAAAUUGGUCCAAUAGAACAUUAGAUUUAUCGUGUAUGCCGUCAUGUAAAACGUCGUUCAGAAGAAAACGGAUUUUAAAUUUUUCGGUUCCGAUGAAAUGAACAUGCUUCUGCAUACUUUUACUCACAGCUAAUUAGCCAGACCAGGACUGUAAAGGUAAUUUCUCCUCGCCGAAAGAAGUUCUUUCUAGGAGUACAAAUAUCUUUAACGUCACAAACACUAUUAACUCAGUUGCGAUUUAUUAAUUUAUGCACGCUAGGUGUGUCGCGCUCUUUCCUGCAGACCUUUACAAUUCUUUUACGUUUGCGAAUUGAAGAAGAUUGCAGGUUCUUUUUCGGAAGCUUAAAUUAUCCGAAGUUGCACUAAAUAAUCUGUUUUUCCAGACUUCUAGACUAGAAGACCCCUUCAACGUACAAAAGUAUCUUUUAGAAAGAAAAGGAGAGAACGCAAUAUUGUGGAAUUGCUCAUGAAGUGGGAAACCUCAAUGUAUGUUUCGGAGUAAUGAUUUGAAGCUCCGAAUGGAUCAUAGUGCCUAUCUACGUGAGGACAAUACGAUGCAGUCACUGACAAGGGAUAGACUUUUGUCAAUUUGAAGUGCCUGUUAAAUUAUCGCUGCCAUUACGCAAUUUUUCUAAUAGUUUCGGCAAUCGUAUGAAUAAUUAGUGUACUAUAGGCAAAUCGGAAAGGGGGGACUCUUAUAGAUCUGAAUAAAAGACAACGAGAGAAAAAUAAUUUUGGCAUAGAAAUAGCGUAAAUACCACGUAUUUAUGCAUUGAUGCUCGUUAAAAGAAUUAGAAGUGAAUUAGAAAUCGAAACAGAUUGAAAAAGUCUAAUACUUAAUGUAAGAUUCGAAGGAGGAAGUACUACUUAGGCGUUUUCUUUGCAUUGAAUUCGUGCAGGGUUUGACACGAGGUGUAGAAUUAUAUGAAUAAUGUUGAAGAAGGAGUUUUGUACGAGUUUCUCAAGUAACUUAUAUUUAUCAAAAUAAUACCUCAUAAAGUAUAGUUAGACGCUGCACGGCCUCAUAACAUUUGCACAGUAAAUUAACCAAAAAAUGCACAAUAGAGUAAUCGCCAAGGAAUCAAAGUUUCAUAAUUCUUUCCACAAAAUUUUCAUUUUUUUAUCAUAUAAAUAAUCUAUGAAAAUUCAAGGGUGAUUCGACGACAUUUAAAAUUACUUCUAAAUAUUAAAACGAAAUUAUGUAAAUUUAAUAUUUCAUUAAGUAUAAAAUUGCCAAAAUAUACACCAUGAUGCGUUAUCGAAACAAGCUCGAGGAGGAAUAAAUAUAAAAAACGACAAUUAUAAAUGGUAAUUAAUGUUUGCAAUGAGUUAAAUCAUAUCCUUUAAAGAAGUAUUAAAUGUCGUUCGACAACAUUAGUUUUUUCUGCACUAUUUCUGUGAUGAAAUUAAUGAAAAAUGCUCAAGCAGGAAGAAAGUUGGAAUAUUUGAUUAUUCGGUAAUUACUUUAAUGUGCUUAGGUUCACAAUGAAAAGCAAUCGGAUUGCUGAUUAAUGCAGGAUAUUUCAAUAUAAUGCAGGUAUGUGCCUUUAUACCCUUUCUCUAAAUAUUUAAUAUCUCUACUACGUCUCCAUUGCAAAGUAGAAACAUUAAGGUGUUAUGAAAGUGUCAUUGUACAUGUAUAUCUGAGAGGUUAAUCGUUUACGAAAUAUUUCUCCGAACCUAAAGUACCGAUUCGUUUGAAACUUUAUGAAACGUGAAUAUGGAAGCCCCAAGGAAGGUACUGAAGCUCAUGAAACGUUAUUUUUUUAUAAAAAAAAAUGUAUCUAUCAAGGACUAGAAUUUUGAAGGCUUAGAAUCGAAAACGAUGAAAGUUUCAUGACCUAGCUUGACAAUUUAGAAUACUAUGGUAAUUGAAUAUUACAGAGUCAGAUGAGAAAAUAUGGGAAAUACUUUCAUGAACGACUGCAAAAGAAUGCUGGCUUGCCUCGUGGGUAACACGUGUUUUUGAGAGCAAAAAUUUAGUUGCAGCUGAACGUCACAGAUGGCGACGUUGGUCCAAUAGAGUAUCAAAUAUCAUGUAUUCAGGGGAAUUCUUGAGUUUUAGUUCGAUCUCUUUACAAUCAUUCUAUUCUGCAUAAUUCUCCAUGUGGAACGCAACAGACGUAAACAUUAAUAUUAAUGUUGGUAACGUGGCGUGCCCACUUAUGUUACCACGUCGGUAUUCAAAAUGGCGUUACCACCGAGAAGUGCAUAGAUAAAUGUUACUUUAUCACCGUCGAUUAAAUUUCUCAAUACCUUUCAUAUCACCUUAAUAGAUGUGCUCCAAAUUCUAUGUAAACUGCAUAUACUAAACUGACAGAUAUACAAAGAACGACUAUACCGAUUUUCCAUUUAAGGAUUAAAGGUUAUUUCAUUAUAAUACAUGUCCUGCAUUUUUACCUAGGAAUAAUUCGCACGAAGCAAUGUCUUUGGAGUUGAUUAGCCGAAAUCAAAGUAAUGAUCACAAUUGUACAAUUGUGGCAAUUUAUUAAGAGCAGGAAUGUAUAACGACUAGAUGGUUAUGUCAUCGAACCAUAAAGCUAUCUAUCGACAGAUUCGAAGUUUGAGGUCGCUUUUAUGAUGUGUUGAUAAUUUGAAGCACGAACAAAGACUGCGAGACUCGUGAGAGAAAAGCUACUUAAUUGGGUUGCAGGAAGUAAACAACAUUUUUUACAAUAGCAUGUUUGUUUCAGAGACCUAAUUGUUAUAUAAAGUUUUAAAACUUAAUGUUCACCAGUAAGUGGUCAGAAAUUUAAAAUGUCCCAUACAAUUCAUAUACUUAAAAUACGUUUACGAAUAACGCAAUCAUUACUUUUUACCCCAGGAACAUGAUUUUCAUAUAAGAAAAUUUAACGUGGAAUGCGUUUAACGAGUCGGUCUUAUGCAGGGCAAAGUACUGAAAAUGUAGAAAUCUGUUUCCAAGAAUUCUUUGGAAUUAAAUAUUGAAAGUCUAAUUACCCUCUGCCAUAGAAGGACUGCAGAUUGCAAUGCUAUUCGAACCGAAUGAAGUUUCAAUGCACAAUGUGUAGAUAGAGACUAUGCAGCAAAUAGAGGUACGUUAGUUUCGCACCUUUCGUUUCCUUUUUCCAUUGGGUCGUACGUCUGGAUAGUUAUUUUUGUGUGCCAAUUGUUAGUCAGCUUUACACCGAUGGCCGUUCCGCCGAAUCAUCCGGCCGCGUCAAUUAUUUUCCUAAUAUUUAUAAAGUGCAACUUUAGACUUUUAGCGAGAGGGGGAUUUGAACUUCUUUCACUUAGAUCGAGUGAACUAAGGCUCGAGAAUGAAACGAUGCAUAAGGCUUUGCACUUAUCGACAUACUACUUGGUUCAUUCAAUCAAGUACUUACGCAUGUGUUCGCCGUAAUGGUAAUAGUGACGAUUGCUUAGAUAGAUGUGAAUAGCCUACGUACACAAAUCAACACAAUGAACGUCGGCCACCGUCAGCAGUGAAAAAUUGAUCAACAAAUGAAACGGGACACUUGAACCAGUUAACUUUCAUUUUUAAAUUCACGUUCCAAACGGUAUACAUUAAUAAUAACAUGAAAUACAUGAUAUUGGAUUGUCCGGGAAGUUCGUGUCGAUUUUCGAUAAGUGGCAUCGGGACUUAAAAAUCGGCACGAACUUUCCAAACAACCCAAUAAAAGAAAAAAUUAUGUUUUUUAACACGUCGAUAGGAGAUAUCUGUGAUUUGAUCUGCUUUCAUUUUUUCAUCAAUUUUUCCUCAUUAAAUAGCACCUACGAUAAUUUACGUCGCUCAAUGGAGCAAUUAGCCUCCGCUAAUGGAACCUCUUACCGGGUUUCAUUGCGAGAACACUGGUAGUAUUUUACAAAGCAUUAGCCAUCCUAGAAUCCGCAUUACGUGCAAUCGAACGUACUGGACAAAGUACUUCUCCCCGAGACUACGCGAACUAAUCGCAAUGUAAUUUAUUUAUUCUUAUCGACGGACUCCACGAGGUGUCAACUUCUUUGACAAGAAGUUCGAUCCAGAUUUGAAGUAAACGCUGCAUUUAAGGUAUGUGUCGUUAAACGCAGGGCCGUUUCAACUGCCUUAUCUACACGUAAUAAUGUAUAUAAAGUACCUGAACAUAUAUAUAUAUAAAGAGUAUAAUAUACUUACGAGACAUAAAGCGAUGAAAUAUUAUAUUUAAAUGUAAGUAUUAUAUAAAUAUAUAAAUAUAUAUGUAUACAAGUGCCGGUAGAAGGCUACGAUCGCGGUGACGAUCAUUAAGUUCGUCUUUGAGUGUAUUUUUACACUUUGUUCAUGAGUUGUAGACUCACUCUACAAUGGAAGUUUCACUUUCCAUUGGUGAAAGGAAAACGAGGGCCUAUACUGAUACGUUUCUUCUUUUGUAGAGUCACAGGACUUGAGAACAAACCGCUGUGUAAAAUGGUUUUAGUUUAUUUAUAAUUCAUAAGUUCGGCCUUCAUUACAAUCGUUCGAUAAUCGAUAGUGAAAGCUUAAUCAGUGUACUAUUUUAAGCAUAUCCAGUCGUAAGACGCUUCGACGAGGAAUUUUGUGCCAAAAAUUAAGAAAAUAAUCAUUUGUUUUUCCAAAGUUGUUGGCCAUGCCGGCUGUUUUUAGAAAAGUACUGUAAUGUUAAGCCCUCGUUGCACGGUUGAUUUGUUUUCAUUUACGACAGAAAUGCUCGUCCACCGAAUUAACGUAUCAGUGACUUAUCGUGGACUUGGUUUACACUUUUGUACGAGGUUUGCACUCUAAGAUUUUAACUCACAGAUGCUUGCUCGAAAGAAGCGCAUUAUUCGAAACGAUACAUUGUACCUCGUAAUGAGACAAUAAUUUUCGUUUGGAAUUUUGAAGAUCUGUUUUUAUUUUUACUUUAUUUUAUCAGUGAUCUAAGUCAAACCGGAGUUGGUAGCGUUAGUACCUGUUUCAGGCUGGAUUUAAUAUCUUGCUGAUACUAGCACAAACUUCCAUUGUAGGUCGAGUACGAUAGAAGUAUUACUAUCGUCGGAGGAAAGAAAAAAGGAAAAAAAAAGAAUUCGUUAGCUGUAUCUCUUUUUCUAUCGACUUAAUAACAUAAACGUGUACCAGAUUAACGAAACGGCAGCGAAUUCGUUCGUAGCUGUUUCUUCAUAUUGGUAACGUUAACAUGACUUGAACCUAAGCUUGUGCAAGUGCGAUACGUAUAUAUAUAUAUUUUUUUUUCUUCAACCUUUUCUAUCGCAACUUAUAAUCUUCGACUUGCUUAUUAAUAUAACGAUGAGUCACAGCUUGCGAAACACGGAGAAAAGUAUGUCGCAUUUCUAUCAUAUCACGUAAAAUAUUUUAUAGGUGAUUGAUUUCGGUAAUUUCCCGAUAAUUAUCAAUUUUUUAUAUUAUUUUUAUUCUUCUUGACCAGUGGUACUUUUACGGACAUGUGUGUGUCUUAUUCGAAGCGGAAAUAGAAAACACUUGAAAAAAAAAAUAAUGUUCUUUACUACGUAGGACAUACUUUUCUCCUAAUUAAAUAAAAGCUUUUGUUAAACACCUAGAAAGCACGUAUACCCGAUGUAAAUAUGUAAAGGAAGUCCGGGUCGACGAGUGAGAGGUAAGACUAGCCUGCUUCGUCAUUCGAGGUUUGUUCGAAGAUCGUAGUAUAAGUGCUAAGUACGUCAUUUAAAAGAUAAUUUCGUACCGAAGGACUUAAUGGUUGCUGUGCCAAUUUUUAUAUAUUUUUAUAAACUUUUAGCGAAUAUUCUGACGGAGAGCCCUGACCUCUAACGAUUUUAGAUAAGUAGAAUCUCUUGCACAAACGUUUUAGGACGACAACCGAUUUUUAUAUUUUUGCACUGUCUAAUGAGAACCUAAGCCGGGCAGUACUAUACAUUAUUUUUCUGAAUGACGUAAACUUUAUUCACGGAAUAAAUCCGGGAAAAGAUGAUAUAAAAAACGAAAUCAGGAAAUUUGUAUGUUGGGACUUGAAUGUUCCGGAAGGCUGAACAGUGCAUGUUAACUUUGUUCAUACGAGGGACUAUGCUCCUCAUUUCACGAGCUAAUUAUAACAUUCAUGCAUGGUAUAUGAUUAAGUACGCGAAUUUAAUGACUCGUAAGCUAACCUAACACAAACUAUGCGACUAGGGCGAAAUCGUGACUGUUGUAAAAAAAAUAUAAUUACGAUCAAUUACAAGCGUGUCUUACAAGAGUGUAGUAUCGAGCAUCUAUUGUAUCAAGUGCUUUAUUCGUGUCCACUCGUUUAAUGGCUUUAAUGGUUGAGUAAUGGUAAAGGAGUGAACGAACCUUAGGACGUGAUCAGAGAGGAUAGGUGAAUCAUACAUUUUUUUUAUUAACUUUUCACUAAUUAACGCACCUUGAUUAUUCCGAUAUCGGACGAAUUUUCAUUUCAAGUAAAGUAGGAAAAAAGAGGUGCAAAGUGCGAGUUUAUUUUCUCUGCGUGAGAGUACGUAAAAUAUGAAAGUUCAUUUGAUUUACUUUUAUAAAAAGAACGGUCACUUAUUUGCCUCUGAGCACAUCGUACAAGAUGUCACAAUGAAACGUAAAAAAAAAAAAAGAAAUAAUAAUACAAAUUGGCCGAUAACCCGACCAAUUGUAAAUAAUUCUGAUCGUACAUUUACAUUGACUUUGACGUAAAUUAGAGUAGAGAUACUUGUGUUUUUUACAUGUUCGUAAUAUGCUUAUCGAUAUGCAUGAACGUAAAGAGUAAGGGAUAUCUAAGUAACAGUAUUGCAAAGUAUAAUAAUGCAUGUUGUACAUACAUAGAAGGGUAGCGAAGGCAGGGUGAGAAUGAGAUCGCUAAUGCGUUCGAUUUUCUACUGUAUCGAUAUUAUCACUGCAAUUGAAUUAUGUAUUAUCACAGCACUGGAACGUUCAAGGGCCAAGAGACUUCGAAACGAAACCGUUCGCUCGGACUUCCGAUUCUGAACUUUUCGAGGACGUCGCAGAAACUAGGGUGAUUUUGAGGUCAAUUUAUGUCCUAAGUACUCUUGCCUGAAAUGGCUUUUUAUUUUCCACAUCGUUCUUUUUUUUCUUUUUUACAGCGAUAUAACGUCAUGAUCAAAAAACUAGGAUUUCGAGGCUCUAGAAACUUGCCGUGAUCCUCCACCCUUGGUAGGCACUAACAGGACUUACCGAAUUAAACUUUUCCUUCUUUGUCAUAGUAGAAUCAAAUGGGUCAUUUUCUAGACAAUCGAAAUCCGAGAUUUAGCAACUACUUACCGAUAGCAUUUCUUGCGCUUGCGAUUUAUUAGGAAUCAGCCGAGAAGUUAAUUUAAAACAAUGAACCCGAGGUACGACCUGCCAGCAGUAAGUGGCACCCUUUUUUAAACCUGUCGUAGACGUCCAGAACGAACGCUUAGUAGCUACUGCGAUAUUCGACAGGACGCUAAAUCGAGGUGGGAGAGAAGUAGUAUUUUCAAAUGUUAACCGGCCUCUCUUUCGUUUUAAAGGAAAGGUUUUAAGACACUGGCCCACGGGUCAUGAGAACUCCCAACGUUGUUAACCCCCGACACGUACUACAGUUAAACUAGGUUUGACGUUUUACUUUCGUGAACUAUGUUUAAGCAUUUGGAUGUUCUUUUAAGGAAUAAAACUUGUUUUGGAAGGAAA